AUGAGCAUCGGAAGAGCAGCAGCCUCACGUGUGUGUGGCAAACCUGUAGGCCCCAUCGGAUUUGGAAUGAUGGGCUUGACUUUCCCUCCUCCGUUCCCCCAGUUUGAGCGCGAGCAUCAAGCAAGCCUACUGAAAAAGGCAUUGGACCAGGGUGCCAACCUUUGGAAUGGAGGGCUUCACUAUGGCACGCCAGAAUCAAACUCGGUACACUUGCUGCGAUACUACUUCGAGAAGUACCCACAGGAUGCUGAGAAGGUUGUCCUUAACAUCAAGGGUGCCUACGACCGUUACACUGGACCAGCAGGAAGUCCGGAGGCCAUCCGCGCAUCUGUAGAACAAGCUCUUAAGGGGUUGGGAGGCGCAAAGGCCAUUGACGUAUUCGAGAUGGGUAUGAGGACUCUAAAGGACCAUAUGAGAUCGAUAGCUAAGGACAUUCUAGCCCGCGUCGAUCCCCACACGCCCAUUGAGACGUCUGUAAAAGCCUUGGCUGAGCUGGUAGAAGAGGGCAAGAUUGGCGGUAUCGGCCUGUCCGAAGUCAACGCGAAUACCAUCCGCAAAGCUCACGCUGUGCAUCCUAUCGCAUCCGUAGAGAUUGAGUUGAGUUUGUUUACACCCGAUCCGCUCCACAAUGGCAUUAUGGACACAUGCCAUAAACUCGGCAUCCCUGUCAUCGCGUACAGUCCGGUCGGACGAGGCUGGCUUACGGGCAAUUUCAAGAAGAUCGACGAUCUGUCGCCAAAUGACUUUCGAAUUCAGAUGUUCGACCGCUUCAAGCCUGAAGUUUUCGAUCAAAACUACAAACUUGUCGAGGCCGUUGAGAAGGUCGCCCGUCGCAAAGGCCUCAAGACAUCGCAGGUCGCUAUCGCUUGGGUAGCGCGUCAAGGGGCGAUUCCUAUUCCUAGAUCCACCAAUAUCGAGCGCGCCAUUAUGAACAGCAGGCUAUCAGAGUUGAAUGAUGAAGAUAUGAAAGAUCUUUACAAAGCACAACAGACCUUUCCCAUAGCAGGUAAACGAUACGGAGGCGCACACGAGGACCUACUGAACGGUUGA